CGAAGACAUGGCCGGGGGCCCGGACUGCACAGCGAGGUGGGCAACCCUGGUGGUGCUGGCCGCCCUGGGCACAGCUGUGACAGAGGCCGCCAACCCAGGCGUCGUGGUCAGGAUCACCCAGAAGGGCCUGGACUACGCCUGCCAGCAGGGAGUGGCUGCGCUGCAGAAGGAGCUGGAGAAGAUCGAGAUUCCCCCUUUCUCAGGAAGCUUUAAGAUAAAGGUUUUGGGGAAAGGUGAAUAUAGCUUCUACAGCAUCGUUGUCCGUGGAGUUCAGCUUCCCAGUUCCCAGAUAAGACUGCUGCCCGGUGAGGGCCUUGCUCUCUCCAUAACAAAUGCCAAUGUGAAGAUCAGUGGAAAAUGGAAGGCACGCAAGAAUUUCAUCAAAGCCAGAGGCAACUUCGACCUGAGUGUGGAAGGCAUCUCCAUUUCGGCUGGUCUGAAACUGAGCUGCGACCCCACCUCAGGCCACUCCACUGCCACCUGCUCCAGCUGUAGCAGCAACAUUGACAGAGUCCACGUGCAUAUCUCAGGCAGCCACCUGGGGUGGCUGAUCCAACUCUUCCAGAAAAAAAUUGAAUCUUCACUCCGAAAAGCCAUGGACAACAAGAUCUGCCAGGUAGUGACCAAUUCUGUAUCCUCCAAGCUGGUACCUUUUCUUCAGACAAUGCCAGUGACGGCCAAGAUAGAUAAUGUAGCUGGGAUUGAUUACUCGCUGUUGGCACCUCCAACAGCCACGGCUGAGACCCUGGAUGGGCAGCUGAAGGGGGAGUUUUUCAGCCUGGCCCAUCGCAGCCCCCCUCCCUUCACCCCGCCGGCGCUGGUCCUCCCCGCCGACCACGACCACAUGGUGUACCUGGGCAUCUCCGACUACUUCUUCAACACGGCCGGGCUCGUGUACCAGCAGGCGGGAGUCCUGAACCUGACCCUCAGGGACGACAUGAUUCCAAAGGAAUCCAAAUUCCGACUGACAACCAAGUCCUUUGGAACCCUCAUACCCCAGGUGGCCAAGAUGUUCCCCAACAUGAGCAUGCAGUUCCUUAUCCGGGUCUCCUCUCCACCGCGCCUCACUGUGUCCCCCACUGGCCUUGCCGUCACCCCUGCUUUGGAGGCCCAGGCCUUUGCUGUCCUCCCGAACUCCUCCUUGGCCCCUCUCUUCGUGCUUGGCAUGAGCACGAACGUUUCUGUGGAGGUUGGUGCCAGGUCUGACAGGCUUGUGGGACAGCUCAGCUUGGACAAGCUGUUCCUGGAACUGAAGCACUCGGACAUCGGCCCCUUCUCGGUUGAAUUGCUGCAGACCAUCAUGAACUACGUCAUGCCCACUGCUGUGCUUCCCAAGGUUAAUGAGAGGCUUCAGAAAGGCUUCCCCCUCCCGCUGCCCAGACACAUCCAGCUCCUCAACCUGGUGCUUCAGUCUUACAAGAAUUUCCUGCUGUUUGGAGCAGAUGUUCACUACAGCUGAACUGCCACGGGUGCUGGGGGCUUUCAGCCACACCAGGAGGCGAGACGUUGUCAACACCUGUUCCCCACAGGCCCGUGGGGCACAGGCUGCCCUUCUCCAGGUGUCCCUCUCUAGCUCUUGACCCAGAGACCCUUGCAAACUCCUCCGAACUCGGUUUCAGAAAUGACCUAAAGAUGGAGAGCCUUGUUCCUUGGGAAAGGGUGGUGAGUAUCUUAGGGAUUAGGUGCUUCUUGCAAAGGCUAAGGUUACACAGAUAUUUCCCUCAGGAAUUGCAUUUCAGUUGUAACCACAAUAUUUCUCUUUGGGCCUCACAAAAAAG